GUAAGGCGAAGGUUCCUUCCGCUUCGCGUCUCCUUUGACUGGGGACGGACGGAGCGUUGGCGUCCCGGUUCGGUGGCCUCUAGUGAGAUCCGGAGGAUCCAAGGAUUCUGUAGCUACAAUGUUGUCAAGACUUUUCCGAAUGCAUGGCCUUUUUGUGGCCUCCCAUCCCUGGGAAGUCAUAGUGGGGACAGUGACACUGACCAUCUGUAUGAUGUCCAUGAACAUGUUUACUGGUAACGAUAAGAUCUGUGGUUGGAAUUAUGAGUGUCCAAAGUUUGAAGAGGAUGUUUUAAGCAGUGACAUUAUAAUUCUGACAAUAACACGAUGCAUAGCGAUCCUCUAUAUUUACUUCCAGUUCCAGAAUUUACGUCAACUUGGAUCAAAAUAUAUUUUGGGUAUUGCUGGCCUCUUCACGAUUUUCUCAAGUUUUGUGUUCAGUACGGUUGUCAUUCAUUUCUUGGAUAAAGAGUUGACAGGCUUGAAUGAAGCUUUGCCUUUUUUCCUACUUUUGAUUGACCUUUCCAGAGCAAGUGCACUAGCAAAGUUUGCCCUCAGUUCCAACUCACAGGAUGAAGUACGGGAAAAUAUUGCUCGUGGAAUGGCAAUUUUAGGUCCCACGUUCACCCUUGAUGCCCUUGUAGAAUGUCUUGUGAUUGGAGUUGGUACCAUGUCAGGGGUGCGUCAACUUGAGAUUAUGUGCUGCUUUGGCUGCAUGUCAGUUCUUGCCAACUACUUCGUGUUCAUGACUUUCUUCCCAGCUUGCGUUUCCUUGGUUUUAGAGCUUUCUCGGGAAAGCCGCGAGGGUCGUCCAAUUUGGCAGCUGAGCCACUUUGCUCGAGUUUUAGAAGAAGAAGAAAAUAAGCCAAAUCCUGUUACACAGAGAGUUAAAAUGAUUAUGUCUCUAGGCUUGGUUCUGGUUCAUGCCCACAGUCGCUGGAUAGCCGAUCCUUCUCCUCAAAACAGUACGGCAGAAAAUUCUAAGGUUUCGUUAGGAUUGGAUGAAAAUGUGUCCAAGAGAAUUGAACCAACUGUUUCCCUCUGGCAAUUUUAUCUUUCUAAAAUGAUCAGCAUGGAUAUUGAACAAGUUAUUACCUUGAGUUUAGCUCUCCUUCUGGCUGUCAAGUACAUCUUCUUUGAACAAGCUGAGACAGAAUCUACACUCUCGUUAAAAAACCCUAUCACAUCUCCUGUAGUGACCCCCAAAAAAGUCCCAGAGGAUUGUUGUCGACGUGAACCGGUCAGAAAUAGCCAGAAAUUCCAUACAGAGGAGGAGGAGACAAGGAUAAACAGAGAAAGAAAAGUUGAGGUCAUAAAACCAUUAGUGGCAGAAAGUGACACUACAAACAGGGCUACGUUUGUGGUUGGCAACUCUUCCUCCCUUGACACUUCACUGGAACUAGAGAUGCAGGAACCUGAAAUUGAACUUCCCACGGAGCCUCGACCUAAUGAAGAAUGUCUGCAGAUACUUGGGAAUGCAGAGAAAGGUGCAAAAUUCCUUAGUGAUGCCGAGAUCAUCCAGUUAGUCAAUGCUAAGCAUAUCCCAGCUUACAAAUUGGAAACUCUGAUGGAAACCCAUGAACGAGGUGUAUCUAUUCGCCGACAGUUACUGUCCAGAAAACUUCCAGAGCCUUCUUCUCUCCAGUAUUUACCUUACAGGAACUAUAAUUACUCCUUGGUGAUGGGAGCGUGUUGUGAGAAUGUUAUUGGAUACAUGCCCAUCCCUGUUGGAGUGGCAGGACCUCUGUGCUUGGAUGGAAAAGAAUACCAGGUGCCGAUGGCAACAACAGAAGGCUGUCUUGUGGCCAGCACUAAUAGAGGCUGCAGAGCAAUCGGUCUUGGUGGAGGUGCCAGCAGCAGAAUCCUUGCAGAUGGGAUGACCCGUGGCCCAGUGGUGCGUCUUCCCCGUGCUUGUGACUCCGCAGAGGUGAAGGCCUGGCUUGAGACACCCGAAGGGUUCACAGUGAUAAAGGAGGCUUUUGACAGUACCAGCAGAUUUGCACGUUUACAGAAACUUCAGAUGAGUAUGGCUGGUCGCAACCUUUAUAUCCGUUUCCAGUCCAGGUCAGGUGAUGCCAUGGGGAUGAACAUGAUUUCAAAGGGCACAGAGAAGGCACUUGCCAAACUUCAGGAGCAUUUCCCCGAAAUGCGGAUUCUCGCGGUCAGCGGGAACUACUGCACCGACAAGAAGCCCGCCGCUAUAAACUGGGUAGAGGGAAGAGGGAAGUCUGUGGUCUGUGAAGCGGUCAUUCCAGCCACAGUUGUCAGAGAGGUAUUAAAGACGACUACAGAAGCUAUGAUUGAGGUCAACAUUAAUAAGAAUCUGGUGGGCUCUGCCAUGGCUGGGAGCAUUGGGGGCAACAACGCCCACGCGGCGAACAUCGUGACCGCCAUCUACAUUGCCUGUGGACAGGAUGCAGCACAGAAUGUUGGUAGUUCAAACUGUAUUACUUUAAUGGAAGCAAGUGGCCCCAGAAACGAAGAUCUGUAUAUCAGCUGCACCAUGCCAUCUAUAGAAAUAGGAACUGUGGGCGGGGGGACCAACCUGCUCCCUCAGCAAGCUUGUUUGCAGAUGCUAGGUGUGCAAGGAGCAUGCAAGGACAAUCCUGGGGAAAACGCCCGGCAGCUUGCCAGGAUCGUGUGCGGCACAGUCAUGGCUGGGGAACUGUCACUGAUGGCAGCGCUGGCAGCUGGACAUCUUGUCAAAAGUCACAUGAUUCACAACAGGUCAAAGAUAAAUUUACAAGACUUCCAGGGAACUGGCACUAAGAAGGCUGCUUGAAUAGUCUGACAGAUCUGAACUGAAACACGGGCAUUGGGUUCUAAAGGACUAACCUAAAAUCUGUGAAUUAAAAACCUCAGUGCGGUGUUCUAUUGAGGAUGACUGGACGUGAUCUGGGAGGUGACUGCUUGGUGUUCGGCUCUUUCAGAGCAGUCUGAGAUCCUUUUUUCCAUGCAGAUUUCUUGGAUCUGAAAAUAGUGUAUUGCUUUAUGUGCCAUGCUCUCUGGAAGGAAAGAUCUCAACAUGGAUAUCACACUCUAAACAUCACAGAUGGUAAUCUACAGCUUGCUUCUGAAAGAAUACAAGAUGGAAAGAAGGAUUUUCUUACGAUGAAAUCCAUGGAGUUCGUGGUGAUCAGUGUGAGACAGUGUGAGAUCCUCCUCUCCAACCUGCCCUCCCUCCUGGUUGAAAAUGGAGUUUUAAAUUAUACUGUAGCUGACAAACUGAUUUCAUAGUUAAUUUAUUGAGUCUGGGUUAUAGAACUUAAAUAAGAGCUAAGUUUAUUUUUUGUAAACUAAUAAUUCAUUUGGUGCUGGUCUAUUUUGAUUUCUUUUUGGGUAGCCAUUGGGAUUCUUCAGAAGGGGACCUACUUUCUUCAAGGGAAGAAUUAUUCUUUUUCCCAAACUACUGGAAUAAUGUGCUAAGCAGUGCUAAUAGUUCUCUGUCAAGAAAACAAAUCACUGCAUUAAUCUAUGCGGGCUAUUCAGAGAGGCCUCUUGUCUAAAUAUAAAUGUCUGUCUAGAUUGCUAGAACAUCUCUUGUAGUGUCAGGCUUUAAGAAACAAGAGUUUUGCACUCUUUGUUAAAUAUACAAGAGCUCUGAAUAUUGUUUAGACAAAGGGGACUCUCUUAUCAAGAACGUACAGGUAUGACCUCUUAGAGCUCAGACGGUGGAAAACACAGGCUUGAAAGAACAAUGGUGUUUCUCUAGGCCAACUUUAAUUUCUUAGAAGACUUAAAUUGAUUUAGCUGAAAAAUCUAGGUUUUUGGUAAAGAACUGAAUCAAAUCUGUAUAUGUUGUAAUAAAGCUUCUUAUGCUAGGAGUUCACUGAAAGUGUUCAAGAAAUCAAUAAAAAUCGACUUGUAUACUGAUAAGACACUCUAAGCUUGGGUCAGAAAAGAUAGUGUUGUUGAAUGUUGUCCAGGAAACCCUGGCUCGCUUUUCAUGCCCAGUGACAGGGAAAGUCAGCUUUCAGAGCCGGUGUAGGUGCCACAUGAAUGGCCCUGGGGGAGCGUGCUUUGUUCCCGUGGCCAGGACGUUGGUGACCGGAACAUUCACACAAGGCUCUUUGGUAGACCCAUAAAAGCUCUUUGCUUCCUCAGGGCGUCGGCAGAGUUGUUGAAUCUUAAUUUUUUUUAAUGUACAAGUUUUGUAUAAAUAAUAAAGAACUCCUUAUUUUAUAUUACAUCUAAAGUUUCAAGUGUUGGUCUUAGAGAGAGAAGAUGGACUCUGAAGAACAUUCCAGUAAUGCCGUGGCAGCGUGGAGAGCCUCUGCGUGAUUGUGUCUGCAGGACUGUCGUGGAAGACUGACCUUUGUUGUUGAAUGUAAAGUUUAAAUUGCUUCCAUUGUGACUUGCAGCCAGUGACUUCUUAGUAUUCUGAACUUUUCAUGGAAGUGGCAGUGCAAAGUGUGAGUCUCCAUUCUGGUGACUGUAACCAAUAUUGUCUUGCUAAACGAAUGUUUUGUACAAUUACUAAAUCGUAUACAUUUUGUUACACUUUUUUCCCAGUUCCAGUAAAUUAUGAAAAGGAAGUUAAUACUGAUCAGUGUAAGCAGUAACCUUUUUUGUUUGGAUUAACCCUUGGCCUGAGGCCUGGAAGCUUGAAAGUCUGGCCAGAGUGGUGUUCUAUGACCAUUUAUCCUUCUCCAUUAGAUGCUCCAAUUCCUACAAUAUUAAUGGCAGGCGCUGUGUUGUAUGUACAUUAAUGUUACUUUCUUUAUGCUUAGGAGAGUUCAGAUUGAUCUCAUCUCAGCUGGACCAUUUGUGGAUAUUGGGGACACGAGGGUUAGUUGAGGAAGGGGGCAUAAAGAUCAGGCAUCCAAAAACAAAUGGUCACUGUACAUUUAAGCUAUCAGCUGACUGGGGGAGUAGCUGAAGUCGGCCUCUUUCAAGGCUGACUGCUGUUUACUUACAGUUGCUGACUGCCCUUCUGCUGUAGUUAAGAGAUGAAAGGCGAGUAUGAAGCACUUAGGACCCGAGGCCCAGAUGCUAGAAAAUAGUUUGAAUUUUUCUCCUGAAAAUGACAUGUGAUCGCUUGUGCGGUCAUACCCCUGCAGAGUGAAGCGGGCUGGACAGGUGAGCCUGGGGAGUUUUCUUGCCCUUUUCUACCUGGGUGGUUUGAUGAGCAGUGAGGUGCAUAUGGACUUCUUCCUCAUCGUAGGGGAGGGUCGAGAAUUAAAUUCAAAGGAACAUCACAAGGGAACACAGAACAGCAAAACACAUCCAUACAAAUCCACUAUGUACAGAAGGUUGAAAUGCGAGCAGUAAAGUCAUAGAAUUUUUUAAAAGACUAAUAUUUUUGAAAAACUGUGGGUUAUGGAGAAGACUUGAAUUUACGGAUAAUGAACUUUACCCAGUCAGCAAAAAUAAUUAAUGGAUUACCUCUACACUGGAAGUCGAGAGAGAUGGCAAAUGAUUUAGUUUACAAUUACAUUUGAACAGAUGACUUUUUCAAUGUGAUGUACAUGGAACACAUCACCCCCUUGUUUUCCUUUUCUUCCUGAGCAAGUUUGACAGGAGGCAUGGGUACCUGAGUGUCAGGAAGUGAGCAGUUCUCAAGAAAGGCCAAUAGAAGAGCCCGGUGCUAACGGCUGGACUGAGGAGGCGGAGCACCAGGGAGCGUUCUCAUUCCCGUGCUUCUCCCACCUGAGUGUGCGUCACCCGCUACCCCCCCAGGCUUAGCCCAACAGAGAACAGUGCUGGGCCCCACCCCCAGGGCUUUUCAUCUUGGUCUGGGGCUGGGCCCAGGACAUUACCUCGCAGCUGCUCCUGCUCUACUGGCCUUGGAUUUCAGUGUGAGGUGCCUGGUAUUCCUAUGAAUGUGAGAGUAUUAGGGUAUUUAUUCAGAAGCACAAGGCUGGAAAACACCUAUGGAGAGACCAAGUGCUGGUUAGUAAGACUUCGUGAGAAUCAGUCCUAAAGGAUUAAUAUAAUUAGUUAGCAGACGGCUAACCAACUAGAAUGGGUUAUUUGGCUUUGGUGUCUCCCCUCCCACCUACCUGGUGACCACCCCUCCCCCAACAUUAAAGUCUCCACAUAACCUAGUUUUAGCAGAGUAUCCCCCUCACUCUCCCACCCCUUGGUCCCUACUCUCUCUCCCAAAGGUCCCAAAUAAGAGUUGGGGGCACAAAAGGAAAAAAAAAGGCAAGCCUGCUUUUUAAGAGGUUUGUAUCUACCACUAUCCACUCACUGGCCUCACUCACCCACCUUGUAGCCCCAAAGUUUGAAGCCUCACAACCCUCUCCUUUAACCCCCAAGUUUGACUCUUGUAGUUUACCUUCUCAGGAUUUCAGGCCUGGAGCGGGAUUACUCUUGACUAUGGAGUCAAGAAGCUGAUUUCCACAGAGCAUUCCAUUUGGUGAAUUCUGAAGCCAGAUGGCAGUGAGCUUUAAGAAGGGCCUUGUGCCAACUGCCAACACAGCACCUCAUGUGUUUUGUUGAGGAAACUAUCAGCAGAAGGAAGUAAUUAAUCCAAAAUAGAAGGGUUGUAGUCAUCUAGCUGAUGUUGAUUAUGGAACCUUUGCUUUCCUGUCACUUGAAAUUCAAAAUGGUCAACAGGGUUCAGUGGAGGAGGUGGGGAUGGGGGACAGGUGGAACAACGGUCUCAGUCUCCAUUCUACAAUCAUCUUGGUAGGAAGCCCGGAGACAAUAAAGCACAUCUAGAGUAGUGAUGGCCCUAAAUGAUGUGGGACAGAAGAACCUCACUUGCCACCUCUCUUGUACCCUUGAAGCUCACGAAAGAGACAAAACCUAGAAGCCUCUUCCUCCCUGCCCAUUUCACUGUCUGGACUUGGGGUCUAGCCUCAAAGGGCUCUUAGAGUAAAACCAUCCAUUUUUAAUGCACUGCCUGCCUUAGUCUUUUCAAAUCUAGGGUAUAUAUAACCCGUGAGAGAUCUGCCUCAUUCUUAAACUUAAUUGCUCGUAAGAGCAAGAUACAGUCAGAUCUGUCCGGAGCAGCCCACUAACCUCUGGCCACCUGGAUUCUCUCCGGUUGUACAACCCUUGGUAAGUGGCAAAAGCUUAAAGUUGGUAUAGCCUGGAUAAUUGAAAUUCUACACGGAAAGUUCUUGGGGAAAUGUUCAUCUUUGAACUUGUUUAGGACAGUGCCUACUUUGGCCAGUGGAAAACGAACCUUGAACACCAUCAGAAAAAAAUGUUGGGCACACAUCUCUAAUACAUGUGUAUUUCUUGAUAUUGAAUUAUGUAUAUUGUCAAACAAAAGACUUGAAUGAUAAAAAAAUAUAUAGAAAUAAAAACUGAAGAUCUUU